UAUUCUUUUUUUUAAUAUACUUCAUUACUUCAAUUGAAAAAAGUAUAAGGUGGAAAUUUAUCAUGAAUUUUCAUAUUAUAUUCGGUAUUUUAGUCUGCUCGACAUUUACAUUAACCAAGUCAAGAUUAAAAUUGAGUGAAAACGGAAUGUUACAUAUUGCUAUGAGUUCAUAUAUUAUAAAUCAACAGAUUUCAUUGAACAAUUUCAUAAACGUUUUAAAAACAUUUACUAAUAAAUAUGAUGACUUCGCGCAAAAAUGGAUUGAAUCUGGACUAAAUGGCGAUCAAAUGUUGAAUGUCGAACCACUUUUAUUAUUGGCAACUAAUAAAUUUGAAAAUCGAAUUAAUGAAAAAAUCGAUUUGGUGUUUAAGACUUUGAGCAGUAUCAAUGAAGUUUUAGAUAGCCACAUUAUUUGUUUUCUCUGUGAUAUUCCUAUAGAAACAUAUAGUGAACACGACAAGUUGUAUAUUGCUAUGAGUGGAUACAUUGUAAAUGAACAAAUUACAGUAAAAAAUUUAAUAAAAGUUUUAAAAACAUUUAAUAAUAAAUAUGAUAACUUUGCACAAAGAUGGAUUAACUCUGGACUAAAUGACGAUCAAAUGUUGAAUGUCGAACCACUUUUAUUAUUGGCAACUAAUGAAUAUGAAAAUGACCAAAAUACAAAAAUCGAUUUGGUGUUUAAGAUUCUGGACAAUAUCUAUGAAUUUUUAGAUGAUCGCAUUGUAUAUUUACUCAGUGAUUUUUUUAAUGAUGCGAAUUAAAACUCCUUAUUCAGGCAAAUAAUUUUUGACAUAAAUAAUUAUUAAUAAAAAAAAAAAUUAUCAAAUAAAAUGUUAUUAAAACUUAAUAAUUUAUUAGAUGUUGAUAUACAGCAAGAUAUUAUGAAUAAUUUAUUAUAAUAUUUAUAUAAGUCUUUAUUUUUAUUUAUUUAAUUGUAACACAUAUUUAUAAAAGGUAAUUCAUUAAGGAAAAGACAUUCAAUUCCUCGAAAACUAUUGCACAUUUUAAAUUUUUGUAUAGGAAAAUAUUGUUUGAUUAA